AAAAGCUCUGUGCUCCAAGUUAGAAAAAAGCUUUUACGAGGUACCAGCACUUUUCUUUCAUUAGGGGGAAGGAGUGAGGAAAGGACCGAGGAGCAGCUAGACUGACUUUUAAAACUUUUAAGUACAGGCAGGUCUGAGUGCCUGGACCUGCCUUUUCAUUUUACUUCGCCCUCUAAGGAGUUCCAUCAGCUGGCGUGCCUGCUUCACUUCUUUUAAGAGAAAGAAGGGCGCCCAGGCAACAUGGGUGACUGGAGUGCCUUAGGCAAACUCCUUGACAAGGUUCAGGCCUACUCCACAGCCGGAGGGAAGGUGUGGCUGUCCGUGCUGUUCAUCUUCCGAAUCCUGCUGCUGGGAACGGCGGUGGAGUCAGCCUGGGGGGACGAGCAGUCCGCCUUUCGCUGUAACACCCAGCAGCCUGGUUGCGAGAACGUCUGCUACGACAAGUCCUUCCCCAUCUCGCAUGUGCGCUUCUGGGUCCUGCAGAUCAUCUUCGUGUCCGUUCCCACGCUCCUGUACCUGGCUCACGUGUUCUACGUGAUGCGCAAGGAAGAGAAGCUGAACAAGAGGGAGGAGGAGCUCAAGGUUGCCCAAACCGACGGCAUGAACGUGGAGAUGCACCUGAAGCAGAUCGAAAUCAAGAAGUUCAAGUACGGCAUUGAGGAGCACGGCAAGGUGAAGAUGCGCGGGGGCCUGCUGCGCACCUACAUCAUCAGCAUCCUCUUCAAGUCCGUCUUCGAGGUGGCCUUCCUGCUCAUCCAGUGGUACAUCUACGGCUUCACCCUGAGCGCCGUCUACACGUGCAAACGAGACCCCUGCCCACAUCAGGUGGACUGCUUCCUCUCGCGUCCCACGGAGAAAACCAUCUUCAUCAUCUUCAUGCUGGUCGUGUCCCUGGUGUCUCUGGCUUUGAACAUCAUCGAGCUCUUCUACGUCUUCUUCAAGGGCGUGAAGGAUCGCGUGAAGGGGAAGAGCGACCCUUACCACGCCAACACCGGCCCACUGAGCCCCUCCAAAGAGUGUGGCUCUCCAAAAUACACUUACUUCAAUGGUUGCUCCUCGCCAACCGCUCCCCUCUCGCCCAUGUCCCCUCCCGGGUACAAGCUGGUUACCGGAGACAGAAACAAUUCUUCCUGUCGCAAUUACAACAAGCAAGCGAGUGAGCAAAACUGGGCUAACUACAGCGCAGAGCAAAAUCGGAUGGGGCAGGCGGGAAGCACCAUCUCCAACUCCCACGCACAGCCUUUCGACUUCCCCGAUGACAACCAGAAUUCUAAAAAGCUGGCUGCUGGACACGAACUGCAGCCACUAGCCAUUGUGGACCAGCGGCCUGCCAGCCGAGCCAGCAGCCGCGCCAGCAGCCGACCUCGGCCCGAUGACCUGGAGAUCUAGAUCCGGGCUUGCGAGCAUCAAGAUUCCACUGAGUUGUGGAGAAGAAAAAGGUGCUGUAGGAAGUGCACCUGAGGUGUUCAUUUUGUUCCAGUGAAGGUGGUACUCGACAGCCUUCGUCAUGAGGCUUAGGAAACACGAAGAUGUCAGAAUACCUGGGUUCAUUGGGGGUGCUUGGGAUAGGCGGGUGGAGAGGGCGGGGUAAGGGAGGUACAUGUUGGUAUUUAAUGUAGUUGAUUCAGAGGACGUCCGUUCUAAUACAAGUCGCAUUAGGUGAUACAUAGGUAAGGGCUUUUUCUCUCCCCUAUACCCCUAAGGGUAGUUCUGUGUAUGUGAAAGAGUGGGUGAUAUUUUGGCUAAAUACAUUUUGUUUUACCAAGAAACUGAAAUAACUGUGUCCAGGAAAAAAAUACUCUCUGAACAUCUUAUUUCUUUCUUUUUUUUUUUAAUCAAGAAAAAGACAGAGGAUUGUCCUUCUAUCCCUGCUAAAACAUUCCAUUGUUAAAAUUUGCACUUUGAAGGUAAGCUUUCUAGGCGUGACCCUCCAGGUGUCAGGGGACUUGUGUUGCUAUGUGUUUUAUUGGUAUUAGUUAAGUUCAGACAAGGCCCACAGGAAAAGACUUCCCAUGCAUUUGCAAAUCUCAGCCAAGUUCCAUGUGCAUUCUUUCUUACAUCCACUCACAUUGUAUUGCCGUCACUUUUUCAUCAUUCCUCAACUACUAUUCACAUUCAUUUGAUGAUUUCUGUAAACAUUUUUUAAAAA